ACACAUUUUUGGUCUUAGUGCCCAAACAACAGUCCCAAUACUUCCCUUUUCUUAAAGGGUUCCUUAAUUCACGUUAAGAAUCCACACGCGGUUCCAAAAAUAAUAUAUUUUUAUAUACAAUAAAUUUGAUCUUCCUUUUCCUCUUUCCAUUUUUGUUGAAGGCUUAAAAUCAUUUUGCAAGCGGCACCAAUUCACAUAUAUAUUAUUAUUAUCAUCAAUCAGAAUGACUAAUGUGGUGGAACUGAAAGUUGGUUUGCACUGUGACGACUGUAUCAAGAAAAUCCUCAAGGCCAUCAAAAAAAUUGAAGAUAUUGAAACGUAUAAUGUGGACAAAAAGCUGAACAAAGUGAUUAUUUCGGGCAACGUAACAACAGAACAAGUUAUGAGAGUCCUUCACAAAAUUGGAAAGAAUGCAAUUCCAUGGGAAGAUUCUUAAACAGUUAAACCCACACCUGAAUUUUAAUUUACCUAAUUACCUUCUCUAUAUAAUUUUAAUUUCUUUUCUCAAAUUAUAAACAUAUUGUACUAUGAAUCAUUUCAUUAUCACAUCUAUUAUGUAAUUCUUGUAGAUAAAUUAUCACCUCUCAACUGACAAUGCCCAUCUUAUUUAAAAUAGUAUAUUCAAUAUUUAAUUAAUCAAUUAAUUAACUCAAAAAUGUUUAAUUAAUUAAUACAAUCGUUUUGUGAAAUUUUUUGGUAGUGAUACAAUCUUUGUUCUGCAAUUUAUUAGGUUCAAUAUUUUUUUUUGAAAAAAGUUAUUAACAUAUAAUUGUCUGAAUAAUGUAAAAUAAAUUAUUAAUGGAGCAUAUUGUCUUUUUUGGAUUGCAACCAUGUUUGUUUAAUAAUAAUAAUAAUAAUAAUAAUAAUAAUAAUAAUAAUAAUAAUAAUAUGAGAAAUACUAAUAAGUGGCCUAAGAGUAAUUGUUAAGAAUCUAAAUAUACAAAUUUUGUACCAUCAAUUUUUAAUAAUAUUUAUGAAUGAUAAUACUGCAAAACAAGGUUACACUCACGUCAUUUAUAUAAGCAAAAAACAUUAACUAUGAUAACUGAUUAGUAUCUAUAGAGAUAUAUUAGUUUUCCAAUUUAUUUACUCAAUUUGGUGGAUUUGCUAAAAGGUCUCUAGUUAAUAUUGUUACUAUCCUCUGAAUCAAAGUUGUACAAAUAUAGAGUUUGCAAGAGAGUGAGUGACUUCUCUAACAAAUAACCUCACUUGAAGGUGAACCAUCAAAUAUGUCAUAUACCCAAAAUAUAAGGUUAGCCUCUUAUCCCUUCAUCUAGAAUUUUAGAACUUUAGAACACUCUUAUCUUUCUUCUUUCACAAGAAAUUAGUUUCAUUUUUCCAUCCUUCAAUAAUUGCUCCUUCAUAUAAUUAUAUAUUCAUCACAUAAAUAUGGAAAAUGCAUUAGGAAAUACUUCAAUAAUGUUAUGCUAUAAUCCACUUGAUACUACUCAUAAGAGUGUUUGGUCGUUAGGAAACCCACUUGGUUCCCCCACUUCUCUUCUCUUUUUUCAGAUCUCUUUGAUUACUAUAGUCACACAGUUCUUAUAUGCUUGUCUCAAACCACUAGGACAAACCUCCCUUGUAUCCCAGAUUCUUGGAGGAUUGGUAUUUGGUCCAUCACUUUUGGGGCACAAAAAGAUGCUGACAGAUAUCUUAUUCCCUUUGAAAGGCUCUCUAGUUCUUCAUACAAUGGCAAAUUUCUGCAUCAAUUUCUUCUUCUUCAUAUGUUGUGUGAAGAUGGACGCAACCACAGUCCUCAAGGCAGAAAAACAAGCCAUCACUAUUGGUGUUUCUGUAUUCUCAUUGACAUUUGGAGUCCCUCUUGGAUUAGCCUUUGCAUUGAAAACAUAUGUUUCCAUGGACAAGACUCUCUCAGAUUCUCUCCCAAUGAUAGCCAUCUCGCAAAGCUUAACCGUAUUCAUUAGCAUAUCAGUCCUUCUAUCAGAGCUUAAAAUCCUAAACACUGAUGUUGGCCGUCUAACCUUAUCGUCUGCAAUGUUCAGCGAUGUGAUUAGUUUCUCAAUGACAGUAGUUUUGUUUGCAGUAUUGCAAGGUAAAACUGUUAAUAUGUUGAAACUAGUAUGGAUCAUUUUAUCCAUAAUUGCACUUUUGGUUGUUAUCAUAUAUGUAAUGAGGCCGACUAUAGUAUGGAUUGUAAACCGGUUAAACGGAACGCCUAUCGACGAGUUUUGCAUGCUUUUCAUCUUUCUAUGUGUUCUUACUACCGCGCUCUUCAGUGAAUCCAUUGGCCAACAUUCUGCUAUGGGACCGAUAAUUUUAGGUCUGGCUGUUCCUGAAGGACCACCUUUAGGAACAAGUUUGAUAUCUAAAAUGGAGACAGUUGCUUGUGGAUUUUUGUAUCCAAUCUACCUUGCUGUCAGUGGAUUGCAGACUGAUGUAUUCAAAAUCAACAUUCGGUCUACUUGGAUUGUGACUAUCAUCGUCCUUGUCAGUUUCAUUGUGAAGAUUGGUGCUGUUAUGUUGCCAGGUUAUUAUUACAAUGUCCCCAUGAAAGAUUGUUUUGUGAUUGGGCUACUUCUGAAUGGAAGAGGUAUAGCUGAGCUCACCAUGUACAAUAUAUGGAAGGAAGACAAGAUACUAACAGAACAAGAGUUCUCUUUGAUGGUGGUGUCGAUUCUAGUGAUAAAUGCUACCAUAGCACCACUGAUAAAGUUCUUAUUUGAUCCUUCAGCCCAAUAUCAUUCCGGAAAAAAAUGUUCAAUACAACAUACAAAACGAGAUUCGGAGCUCCGAAUCAUGGUAUGCAUUUACAAAGAUGAAAACAUUCCAACAAUGCUCAACAUCUUAGAAGCAUCAUGUGCAAGCACAGAGAGCAAUGUUACAGCCAUAGCACUUCUCCUUGUAGAGCUACUUGGAAGAUCAAGGCCUAUUCUCGUCGCUCACCAACAGCACGGAACACUUCAAUCAACCCCAUGUAAUUCGACUCAACUCGACAAUGCAUUGAAGCAAUACGUAACACUAAAUGAAGGGUGUGCAUAUGUUCAAUCAUUCACAUCAAUCUCCGACUUCAACACAAUACACGACGAUGUUUGUCUAAUCUCCCUCGACAGAGGAGCCAACAUGAUUCUCAUGCCAUUCCACAAAAGAUGGGAGAUAGAUGGAACAGUUGAAAUAAACAACAGAGCAAUCCAAACGGUUAACAUUAAAGUCCUCGAAAGAGCGCCUUGUUCGGUCGGAAUUCUAAUCGACCGAGGCAUCUUAAGCUGUUCACCGUCACUUUUACUAGCUAAAGCACCAUACUAUGUUGCAGUUCUGUUCAUUGGUGGUGCAGAUGAUGCAGAAGCUUUAGCCUAUGCAAGUAGAAUGUCUAGACAUGAGUGUGUAAACGUAACAGUUGUUUGGUUCUUAGUGUUUGGUGAAGAGAAUUCAAAAGAUAGAAAACGUGACAGUGAUCUUGUAGAUGAAUAUAGAUACUACAAUGUUGGAAAUAAAAGGUUUGAGAUAAAUGAGGAAGUUGUGAAAGAUGCUAUAGAGUUAUCUUCUUGUAUAAGAAGAAGGAUUGAUUAUUUUGAUUUAGUUAUGGUGGGGAGGUGGCAUUCACAAUCUAUAUUGUUACAUGGACAUGAUCAAUGGAGUGAGUGUCCUGAGCUAGGUGUGAUUGGUGAUAUGUUAGCUUCACAGGAUUUUGUGACAAAAGCAUCUAUUUUGGUUGUGCAACAACAGAGAAUGGGAGUGAGAUUGGUUAAAAACAAUCUUAAUGUAAUGCCAAAUCAAAGGGAUCAACUGGCACAUGGUGUUUUAAUGGAUGAAACACGAACAACAUCUUGUACUAUUUCAGUAAAUACAUAGAUCUGUUUGUUUGAUAGUGUAAUUGUUUUUUAUAUAUUUUUUAAAUCAAUCUAUUUUAAUUUCCACUGUG